AUGAUAUGGACAAAAGAUAUAAAUCAAACAACAAAAAUUUAUCGUAUUGGUGGCAGCGAGUUGAAAAAUAAAUAUUUCACAAAUACUAAUUUUAGUUCAAAUGAAAUAUUUUUAAAUAAUGGAAAUCCAACAGCUUGUCCAAAGCAUUGUGCUUUUAAAUUAUCUACAAAUAUACGAUCCAUUGAUGGUGUUGUACUUCAUCAAGAUAAUAAGGGACGAGCACCGCCACCUGGUUUCAUGGAUUUUAAUGAAACUGAAGAAUUAUUUUGCGCUCGAUCAUUUGGUGAUUGUGGCGCUAAAGCACCAAUUUAUCGAUAUCGGAAUAGAAAUCAACUAACAAAAACUAAUGGAUAUGCAUAUUCAUUUCGUGCUAAUCAAUUAAUUAAUGGUUACAUUCGUGAACUUAAUCCAAUCUGUUAUGGAUGGAAAGAUAGUAGUAAUAAAUUUAAUGAUAAUGAAAUUAUCGAUGGUAAAGAUCCAACAGAUUGUGUGCUAAUUCCAAAUAUACCAAAUGGACAGAUACUUUAUAAGCCAUCAGAAAUAUCGGAAAAUUCGGAGACAGUAAUGAUGGGAAGCUUUGCGACAUUACAUUGUAAUGAAGGCUAUAAACCAACAACACAAAAUCAGGUAGCAUGUAUCACCGGUACAUGGUAUCCGAUGGUUGAACUUGGUGAAUGUGUACCAAUUUCUACCGAAAUAGCAAAAAGUUGUGCACCAUUACCACCACAUGAAAAUGGUUAUAUUUUGUAUAGUCAGCAUGGUACUGAUAAAUUACCAAAUGGUACAUUAGCAUAUCUAAGAUGCAAUGGACACUAUCGUCCAUUAUUUACCAGACAAUCGCAAUGUGACCAUGGUCAGUGGUCAACCUUAAAACUUGGAAUUUGUCAAUUAAUUACCAACAACAGUUGUUCACCACUUCCAUUUGUACAAAAUGGAAAGAUUAUUUAUUUAAUGGGCAAUGAAACUAAUAUAACAACCGGAACAGUUGCUGAACUGAAAUGUCCACCGGAAUAUGCUAUUAAUGGUAUCGAUACACUGAUAUGUGAAUCAAAUGGUUGGUCACCUGCUUCAACUCUUGGAACUUGUCAAAAGGAUAUCAAACAAAGUGAUCAACGAGAGAAACGACAGGAGAUGAAAACAUGUUCCAAUGGUCAUCCAAUUGUUUCUAAUGGUAAAUUAGCAUAUUCAAAUGAACCAAAUAUAUUUGGAGCUUAUCCAUCUGAAACGAUUGCAAUUGUACGUUGCAAUGAUGGCUACACAAUUUAUGGUGCGCUUUUGUCAGUAUGUCAAGAUUCUAUUUGGAAACCACCAAAUUUAGGAGUAUGUAUUCCCUCAUCAACAGCUGCGUCAAUUUCACCCAAAAAUUCAUGUUUAUUUGGAUUAUUAACUCCAAUUGGUGGUACCAUAACUUAUAAUAAAGGUGGCGCAUUUGGACCAUUUCCGCCUGGUACCAUAGCUAAGUUAAAAUGUGUAAAUGGUAUCUCACAUGGACCAGCGUUAGCUGUUUGUGAUAAUGGUUCAUGGAUUCCUCAUCAAAUGGGUCAAUGUUCAUUGUCAAAUUUCGAAAAUUCCUCAAUUAUUCAAUCCGUUUCUAACUGUAUGAAUGAUUAUCCAGUACCAGAAAAUGGUUUUGUUGUUUAUUCAAACAAUGCUAAUAACCAUCGGCCAUUUGCGCCAUUAACCAGAGCCAAUGUACAAUGCAAUCCUGGCUAUCUACCAAUUGGCCCAAUAAUUGCAAUUUGUCACAAUGGAAUUUGGUAUCCAUCGAUGUCAACGCAAUGUAUUCGGUAUAAUAGUGGUAGUAAUUGUGUUACCGGUAUAGCACCACCAAUGAAUGGUUAUAUUACCUAUAGCACCGGUUCAAACAAAAGGCCAUUUCCAUCAGGAACGGUUGCAACUAUCAGUUGUGAUUAUGGUUUUAAAUCAGUUGGUGCAAUUUCAUCCACAUGUUUAAAUGGCAUUUGGUCACCAUUAGUACUGGGACAAUGUGUUGACACAAAAUCAAAACUUUUUGGUGUACCAAUUGAAAGUUCAAUAAGUGUAACUGAAGCAAAAUAUUGUCCACCGCUUGUAUCACCUAUUAAUGGACAAAUAUUUUAUUCAAAUAAUUCAAAAAUGGGGACAUUUCCUAGUGGUACCAUAGGUACCGUUAUUUGCAAUUCAAAUUAUAUACCACUUGGCUUAUCAACCGCUGUAUGUACCAAUGGUGUUUUUUCACCAUUAAUUUUAGCAAAUUGUAUACCGGAACCAAAAAAUGUUGAAAAUUUAUUACAAAUUAAAGAAUUACCAUGCAUACCGAUACCAAAACGAACCAACGGUGAAUUGAAAUAUUCAAAUAGUAUUGCACCUAUAUAUAAUUCAAAAACAACUGCAAAUCUUGUAUGCAACCUUGGUUUUGUUCCAAUUGGUCCAAUCGAGACAACCUGCAUAAAUGGUCAAUGGCAACCAACGUUAGGCUUUUGUCAACAAAGUAUAAUUGGUCCAGAAACAAGCCAAGUUUUUAUUCCUGGCCAAUGUCUAUUUGAAUUACCUGCUAUAGCAAAUGGAAACAUUCGAUAUUCUGCCGAAAAUAUAUUGCCACCAUAUAAUAGUGGAACAACAGCGGUAUUAAUUUGCAAUAGUGGUGCAACUCCAAUAGGAACCAAAUUAUCAACCUGCAUUAAUGGAUCGUGGAAUCCACCGAUAUUAGGCCAAUGUCCAAUGAAUGGUUAUGGUAGAGAUAAUUUGGGAAUUAGAUUAAAACAAAAUACGCUAGCAACAAUUACCUGUCCUACUUCGCCACCUGUUUCUAAUGGAAAGAUAUAUUAUAGUAAUAUGAGUAAAAAUGAUAAAUACGCAGCUAAUACGAUAGCAAAUUUAAUUUGUGAUGAUGGUUACGUAUUAGUGGGACCGUCAACAUCUUACUGUCAAGGUGGCAUUUGGUCACCUUGGCCUGGUGUUGGUAGCUGUCAACCUUAUGAACAAAACCAACAAUAUAUUACAAAUAAAAUUAAACAAACGGAUGUUUUUUGUUCUAAAAUAUCAUUUACACCUGCAAAUGGAAUAAUAAUUUAUAAAAAUAAUGAAAAUACCAAUUGGUAUCAAAAUGGCGCAAGCGCAAAAUUACAAUGUAAUCCUGGCUAUCAAAUUUAUGGUAAACAAAUGACAUAUUGUCAUGAUGGCUUAUGGAUACCACCAAUUGGAAUUUGUCAACAAAUUAAAAUUAAUGAUUCUUGUGAACCAUUAAAAUCUCCACAAAAUGGAAAGGUUUACUACAUUUACAACAAUUACACAAAAGAUUAUCAAAUCGGUACGACGGCUAUUUUAAGCUGCCGGAAAGGAUAUCGGAUAGAAGGUGUGACAACAUUAAUAUGUAACAAUAAUGGUUGGACACCAAAUGAUGGUUUUGGAAUUUGCAUUCCUGUUGAUAACAUUUUCCGGAAACACUGA